AUGUCAAGCAAUGAAUCUGAUGGCGAGGGCGGCCAAUAUCAGGGCUCACAGGCCUUCACCCACAUCAUCCCCGGUCGCGAAGAGUCCAUCAACCCCAACACCGGCACUCUCAACUUUAGUAAACCGCUUCUGCAGCUUCGCGGCCCAAUCAGCAGCGCCGACUUUCAUCUCGUCCUCUCCUAUCAGCCCGGAUCAGCCGGGGCCUUUGGCUUGCCGCGGAACUGGAGCUUCGACCUACCGUAUGUCGUUCCUGAAUCCAGCGUCACCUUCGCGGGCCGAACGUAUGCCAUUGAUUACAAUUGGAGUGACUUGGACGGUCACCGAUCUGGGCUCAAGUACAUGAACAACCACGGCGUUGUUUUUGAGCCAAUCGUCCCUCCUCAGCCGUUGCCCACCGGCCAGCCUGGCGAAUACGCAUACAAGCUCAAGCUUCAAGAUGGCUCGAUGGACUAUUUCGAUGCGUUUGGGAGGCCUGUGGCUCGCCAGGAUCUCUUCGGAAACAGCUUGCACUACGUCUAUCUCGACGGCCAAACCGGGGGAGCCGUCACCUCUGACCCGUGUCUGGACUACAUCCUCGACUCUUGGGGCCAAAAGGUGACAUUUGAGUACCUGCCUGGCCUUGAAAUGCUCAUCAAAGGACCAGCAACGCAGCUAACGAGGUUGCGGUUUACUAAAGCCGGAGUUGAUCUAGUUACAGACUCAAUGGGAUUCGAUACUCGCUUCACUUACACCAGCGUGCCUGACGUCCCGUCAGUGCUGGAAGAAAUCAGCUACCCGACUGGGAUGGCUUCCAAGUUUGUCUAUUCUGCAUUGGACUAUCUUGACGGGGGCAACAAUGUGCGACAUCUUCCUGCAGUGUCCCAUCAUUAUCAGAUGAAUGCACAAGGGGAGACGCUCAAGCAUACAAACUAUCAGUACGGGCCGUCUGAUGGCCUCACCUUUACCGGAAUCUCGAUUGGAUGUCAAUUGUCCGGUCUCACGGACGAUCUAAUGGAUCAAGGUGAUGCCAACUACCAAUAUGAUGUGCUCAUUACCCAGCUCGACGGGAGCGGGAAGACACUCGCGGCAACGAUGAAUCAGUUCAACUAUUUGCAUCUCCCGGUGGCGGAGCUCAAGUAUCUGAUUAAUGACCAGGGCGGCCUCGCCGCGGCCUACAGGACAACGUACAUAUACGAGAUUGAUCCGGACAAACACGCACGCACGACCAACCAUGCUCAGCCCACGGAACUUGAAUGCUUUCACAGCGUUGGCGACAGCAGUAAUGAGAGCUGGAAGAGCAUGAAGAAAUCAGUCAUGAGCUACAAUGCUUUUGGUGAGCUCGUCUCGCUGGAAGAGGACAUCUAUAACAGUGACAGCGCCCAAUAUGUCGCAACAAGGACGGUUGCCAGGGAAUACUACACGUCCCGAGAAAUUCGUCUACAGAGGAUUAAACGGGAGAUUGAGACUGAUUUGGUCACUGGGGUUACCUGGGAGACGAACAACACCCUUUCUAAUGAUGAAAAGACGGUAAAGUCAUCUACUGUGUUCUUCAAGGCGUCGUCAGAGGAUGCGAUGAAGCCGUGGAAGACGACCACCAAGCAAUACGAUUCCAAGGGCAGAGUCACCAAGGAAAUGUCUGCAUGGGCUGAAGGAGCUAUUUCUCCAGAGGGCAGUGCCAGCUGUUACGAAUCCUCAGCUCAGUACAGUUUCAACAAUGGAUUGCUCACAGUCAAGACGUGCGAUUCGAUGGGGCUCACGACCUUGCAAUAUGACAUGAAACUCAAUGGAGGUCCCAUGGUGAAGAAGACGCUUCCUCGUGGGCAAACUGCGAGUUACCAGUAUGAUACGCUGGGGCGCCUUGUAAAGCACACCGAUGCUCUCGGAGGCGUGACCACCAAGUCGUACACUGUCGGUAAUUCGUCAAUGACAGAGACGUGUUGCGACUCCAAGGGCUACAUCACGCAGACCACAUUCGAUCCUCUCGGCCGACCUGUCGAGAUUGCAGACAACGGCGAUCCAACGAAGCAGCAACCCGACAGUCCGUCUCGAGUGUUAAAAAAGGACUCGUAUGACGGCCUUGGCAACGUGGUAUGCACCAAAGAUGUAAUCGGCCUUGCUACAAAUUUUGUGUUUGAUGCUCUCGGCCGUGUUGUCCAGCAGACCGACGCGGCAGGAAAUGUCCAGGCCACGACCCACGAUGACAAGGCGCUGACCAUUACGCAAACUCUAAAUGGAGAUGUUCGCAAAGAGGUCGUUCUGGACAACUAUGGCCGGACGAUUUCGCAAACUGUGUCUGCCGACUCGGGCAGCGACAUGCCGUACCGUCUCGUGCAGGAGACUGUUUACAACGGCAAGGGACAGACGAUCAAAGAGACGAUUUCUGAGCGAGCAACUGGAAGUUCCGGCGAAAUAAAGAUUUUGAAAACCAUCCUUCACGCGUAUGAUGCGGAUGGGCGCAAAGCAUCAGAGACGGUCACGGGCACAGGUGGUACGGGCGAAGACGUCGUAACUCGCCAGUUUGUGUACGACCUGCUCGGCAACCAACAUACCUGGUUCAAAGAGGUAAAAUACGCGGACGGACGGUCGUUUUCUCAGAAGGGACCAAUAACCAUAUACAACGUGCACGGCAACAUUACUCUUCUUCGGAACCAGCUGGGCUUGGAAGAGAAGAACGAAUACAACGAGAAUGGCUGGCUUACGAAGACAACGCGCUUCGAUGGCAGCGCUUUGACCUUUGAGCACGAUGCCUGUGGACAGACCGUUCGGACUACCUCUGCCUCUGGGACGACGCAGAUUAAAUACAGAGAUGCGGUUGUCGAGUAUGAAUUCUACCUCGAUGAUUCUCCGCGCACCGUCGACUAUGGUGGCGGCCGCGUACAGAGGUAUGAGCGAGACUGGACCAGUCGUGUAUCAGCAGAAGUCGAUGUCUUUGGAACAAGAACGGACAUCUCAUACGAUAAUCUCGGCCGCAAGGCGAGCGUAUCCUCGCAGGGCGAUGUGGUUACCUAUCAAUACGGCACGUCGAACCACUGCCUGGGGGCAUUGGUCGGUUAUACCUUGUCGGGCAAGAUGCAGUAUACGACGAGGAUCUCGUAUGACGGAUUCCAACAGAAGUCCAAGGUCCUGACAGUUGCUCCUGACUCUACUGUCCUUCUGGAGACGACGUAUGAAAUGAGCAGUCGCGGGACUGUGUCCCGCAUUCAGUCCGCAUCAGCACAUCGGCCAGAGCUCAACAAGAGCCAUAGCUGGACUUAUGAUGGUCUCGGCCAAAUGGUGGAGGAGAAGAGCAGCGAUGGCCAGACGGAAGAUGUACAAACAUAUGUGUAUGACGGAAACCACAACAUCGUGUCUCUCACUGUAAACGGCCAUACGAGCAACAUGACUUACAACGCCAUCGACCAGCGAACCGACUCCGGAUUUGAGUACGACCCCAACGGCCGCUUGGUCCGCGAUGAUGCUGGCCGGAAAUACAUGUUUGACGAUGUCGACCACCUCCUUGCCGUCGAAGCGGCCGGCGGAGGCGACAGCAAGUUCGUCUACCACGGCGACGACUCCCUCGCCGGAAUCGCCCGCCCACAAGGCAAGACAGCUCUAUUCUACACGGGAAACCAUGAGAUCAACGCCAUCAGCCACGAGGCCGCCGGCCAAGCAGAAGACAAAAGCUCCAUUCUGCGCAGCAACGGAGCCGUCCUGGCCGCGUAUUCCGCCUCGGGCCAAGCAUUGCCGACGUACCUCUUUGAGCAGCACGGCUCCACGGCGAUGCAACUUACCGGCGAAGAAUCCAUAGCCAUCACGUACGAUGCGUACGGCGCCCACUCAUCUACUUGUCCACUAGAGCCGCAGACCAGCUUCGCCUUUGGCCAAGAACUCGUCGACUCUCUCAGCGGCGUCGUCUAUCUCCGCUCGCGCUUCUACCAGCCCGACAUCAAGGCUUUCCUGUCCAUGGACUCGCACUUGGUCGAGAACCGCUAUGCCUACUGCCAAGGCGAUCCUGUCAACUUCUUUGACCCAACGGGCCACUUCUCCUUGCGCAGGAUGCUCACCGCCGUCGUCGGGGCCGCUGCCGCCGUGGGCAUCACCUUUGCCACGCUUGGCAGUGCCCUGCCGGGAGUGGUGACUGCGGGAGCCGUCGUAAUCGGAGCGUCCGAGGCUACGGCCGCCGUGGCCUCUUCGGUAGUGACGGGAAUGGCCGCAAGCGCGGCAGGCAACGUGGCGGGAAGCCUCGUCACCACGACGCUCAACUCGGCCGCCGGCGACGAAUGGGGGUACACUGGGAGCGGGCUGUUACAAGACGUCCUAUCUGGCGCUCUGGGGGCGGCUACGGCUCCCUUUGUGGGCAUCGCGGGGGCCCGAAUCGGGGCUUCGCUGACGAAUGCCGGUUACAGGACUGGCUGGGCCAGCGGCGCAACCAUCGCGACGAGCAUCGUGGUGGAUUUCGGCGUCCAGCGGACCGUUGCCUCGGCCUUCGGGCAGCCCUUUUUCGAGGAGCAGACGCUCACCUACGCCGUGACGGCGGUCCUGAUUGGAGUGGCCGUUGGCCGCGUAGGACAGCGCCUCAACGACAACCGCCGGGUCCAGGCGAUCGAAGCGGAGGGUGCGACGCGUGCCCAGGCGGCGGAGCUCGUGAAAAUGCAGAACAGGUGCGAGUUUAUCAAACCGCCUGUCGAUUCAAGCGCCGCCUGGAGCGAAAUCACGCGGUAUUGCAAGGAUGGGAUCAAGAACUACUUCAAAAGAGGGCCUGGACCUGAUCCUCAUGGGGGAGGAGACGUUGGGAUUCCUCUGCUGACGUUUGAUCGCAAGCGCAAUGCCUACAGGGUGUGA